AUGUACAGAGUUAGAAGGGCGACGAAGCGAGUGGCGAUGGGCAACGAGCGAUCAAAUGUGAAAAAUCACAAAACGCAACGUAAAAAGAAGGAAGAGACGAAGCGGAAGGCUCGAAGCAAUUUGAAAAUUGUCGAGCAGGUCGAGUGCACAAUUCAGGAAGAGAAACAUGAGAAGAAGAAGAAGUCGCAACACGCGCAUCUGGCGACGAAUACGAAGCGAGCGCAUUCGACGCCAAAGGAGCCGUUGACGUUGGCGAUGUCGCCGGUCACACUGAGAGCCAAAGAGACGGAGCCGUUGAGCUGCAUGUCGAAUCGGAUCAACGUGACGCCGUCGAACUCGAACACGACGGUUCGGACGGCGACCGAGCCCGGCAGAGAGACGCCACCCGGCGCCAAUGGUACACCAAAAACGGAGAAAUGGUGCGGCGAAGACGCGGCGCGAGCUUACAUCGAUAAAGUCGAUGCGAACAACGCGAAAAAGGAGUUUUACGAUUUGGCGCAAUUGCCGAUCGAUAUUGAUAGUAAAUGUAUAACGUGGAAGAAAAAUAUGAAAAAAAAUCAAAGCGAGAUGUACCCGUGCUUCGACGCGAAUUUGAUUCGCAACACGGCGAAUCCCGACGAGUAUGUGAACGCGACGUCGGUGUCUGUGCCGCAAGUCUCGAAAAACGUGAUAAUGGCGCAAUUUCCGAAAAAGGGCAUCGAUGGGAGUAUCGAAGAGUUUUGGAAGGCGAUUUUUCAGGAAUGCGUGAUGUUGAUUCAUAUUCUCACCGGAAGCGAAGAGUCCAUUGAUUUUUUCCCGCAAACCAGCGGCCAAUAUGAACAUUUUGGCUCAAUGUUCGUCAAUAAUCGGAAGGUCGAGAAAAUCGACACCGAAUCGACGAUGCAUCUCGUCGAGAUCCUACCAACCGGCUUCUCCAACUCGAACAUGUGCAAAAUCAUCAUCCACAACAGUUGGGAGGAGCAAAACGUGCCGGUGAAAUUCAGCAGCACCAUCAAGAGCGUGAUCGACGUGAUCAAUUUCAUCGCGACGUCGCUUCCCGACGAGAAGUGCGCGGUGAUAUCGAAGCACGGCGCCGGACGCGCCGGCUUCUUUGUGGCGCUGACCAGCGUCGUGUCGAGUCUCAACAACAAAGUCGAGCCGCGAAUAUACGAGACGGUGCGAUCGCUUCGAGACCAGCGGCCGCACGCCGUCGACAGUCUCAAACAGUACACAUCGUUGUACCUAUGCCUCAACUACUAUAUCAAGAAGAAAAUUCCGGAGCCGGCGAUAUCGGCGCGAGUCCAGCAAAUCAUUGACGCGUUUCGCGAGAUGCUCACCGGCGCCUCCGUCAUGCAAUAA